AAUCACUUCCAAGGGUGAGAUUUUUCUUUCUUGCUCCUCCUCCUUUUUCUUUUAAAAAAGAGGUCGAAUUUGUGCUUCGAAUUUGGCGUGUUUUAAUUACUUCAGGAAAGCUGAUAGGGUUGGUUGGUUAUGGGGAAGGAUUCGAAACCGAAGGAGUCGAGCAAGGGAAAGGGAAAGCAGGCUGCUGCUGGCGGAGAGGAUAAUGCUUCCAAGGGAAAAGGGAAGGGUGGGAAGUCAGGAGACAGCCUUGGUACCUGCACUUAUGUCAAAGCAAGGCAUAUCUUAUGUGAAAAACAAGGCAAGAUCAAUGAAGCAUACAAGAAGCUGCAGGAUGGUUGGCUAAACAAUGGAGACAAAGUCCCACCUGCUGAGUUUGCAAAAGUAGCAGCUGAGUACUCUGAAUGCCCCUCAGGAAAGAAAGGUGGGGAUCUCGGGUGGUUUCCAAGGGGGAAAAUGGCUGGUCCUUUUCAGGAAGUUGCAUUUAAUACACCGGUUGGAGCUACCAGUGCACCAUUCAAAUCAACGCAUGGAUACCAUAUUAUCCUGUGCGAGGGAAGGAAAAAUUAAUCAUGUCUUCAGUCUUGAUCUUCAGAAGUACUAAGAAUUCACAAGAACGUAUGUAGAACGUUGUUUAUUCUCAAGACCUGGUAUAAAGCAAGGAUGAGGCCUAUAUAUUUAAGCUGCGCGGCUUUCUUGAGAGUUUUCUUGUUAAAUUAUAUGAAAUGUUCGUUUUGGUAAACCCUAUAUUUGGUUUGUUGCUGUGUAAAACUGUCAAUGUAGGUAAUGGUGAGACAUUAUCACAAACAUUAUGAUGUAUAGUCAGAGAUGUAUAUUUGAAUAGAUUUAGAAUGAUUUUGGUCAUGUGUCACGCCUCCGA